GUGUUCCUUGCUGGAGCCGCCAUAGCCGCGUCCCUGGUUCUGCUCCGGGAAGGUACGGGUGGCUGAGCCAGUGCUGCCCUGUGAGCUCCCUCCCCGCAGGAGCCUCUGCAGGACCCCCGACUCGUCAGAAGCCGGGAAGGGUGCAGCCCUGCAGCCUGCUACAUGCUUCCCAGGCUGGAGAACACAAGCACACCUUCAGUGUUGGUGUCAUUUGAAGAUGUGGCCGUGGACUUUACCCAGGAAGAAUGGCAGAUCAUGGACAAUACUCAGCGAACUCUGUACAGGGAUGUGAUUCUUGAGAUCUAUAACAAUCUAGUGUCUUUGGGGUACAACAUAACAAAGCCUGAUGUGAUCUGCAAAUUGGAGCAGGAAUCGGCACCAUGGACAGUGGACAAAUCUGUACACCAGGAAAUUGCAGAUCCCUUCAGAAAAAAUGAGUUGCAUGGAGGUAAUAAGAAAGGUCAAGAAAUCAUCUUCAGGCAAUCUGAUGAAAUGCCAUUUGGAACAAAGCAUUCCUCUGAUGUGCCUGACAACAACGUCCAGAGUAGGGAAAAUCUCAGUCGGCAUGACAAGAUGCACGUUUGUCAGCAGUCUUUUGAACACAAUGGGAAAGCAAAACCUUUCAUCAGGAAGAAGUUACUCGUUAUGUGUGAGAAGGUUUACAUCAGUGACUCAUGUAAUAAGCAAGCUGUUAAUUGUGGAGAAAAAAUACAGGUUGAAUGUAAAAUGUUCCAUAACAAUCCUAACUUUGGCACACAUCAGCAAACACAAUCAGGAGAGAAACUGCAUGAACGUUUCAAGAGUGAGAAAUCUCUUGUGUAUGAAACAGAUGUGAAAGUAAAUCAGAUUACCCAAGCAGGAAGACAUCAGUGUAUAUGUGGCUACUGUAAAAAAUCUUUUACCUAUAAAUCUUACCUUACAACCAAUCAGAGAACUGACAUAGGAGCAAGUUUCUAUGUGUGUAAUGAAUGCAAAGAAAACAUGUGUCAGAAGUCAGAACUCACUGGAGAUCAGAUACUUCAGACUGGAGAGAAGGCAAAUGAAUGUGCUGAGGUUGGAAAAGCCUUUUACCAGCAAUUAUCUCUCAACAGACAUCAGAGAAUCUACCCUGGGAAAAAGUCUUAUGAAUGUAGCCACUGUGGAAAAGCUUUUACAUUGAAGUCAUCCCUAAUCACACAUCGGCGAAUCCACACUGGGGAAAAACCUUAUGAAUGUAGUGAGUGUGGGAAAGCUUUUACUUCAAAGUCAUCCCUAAUCACACAUCGGCGAAUCCACACUGGGGAAAAGCCUUAUCAAUGUAGUGAGUGUGGAAAAGCCUUUUCCGGGAAAUCACAGCUAAACAGACAUCAGAGAAUCCACACUGGGGAAAAGCCUUAUGAAUGUAGCGAGUGUGGUAAAGCUUUUUCCGUGAAAUCACAUCUAAUCAGACAUCAGAGUAUCCACACUGGGGAAAAACCUCAUCAAUGUAGCCAGUGUGGAAAAGCGUUUCCCUGGGAAUCAGAGCUAAUCAGACAUCAGAGAAUCCACACCGGGGAAAAGCCUUAUGGGUGUAAACAGUGUGGGAAAGCUUUUUUCCGGAAAUCACAUCUAAUCAGACAUCAGAGAAUCCACACUGGGGAAAAGCCUUAUGAAUGUAGCCAGUGUGGAGAAGGUUUUUUCCGGAAAUCAGAGCUAAUCAGGCAUCAGAGAAUCCACUUGGGAGAAAAGCCUUAUGAGUGUGAGCAGUGUGGCAAAGCUUUUCCCGUGAAAUCACGUCUAAUCAGACAUCAGAGAAUCCACACUGGGGAAAAGCCUUAUGAAUGUAACCAGUGUGGAAAAGCUUUUUCCUGGAAAUCAGAGGUAAUCAGACAUCAGAAAGUCCACACCAGGGGAAAGCCUUAUGAGUGUAAGCACUGUGAAAAAGCUUUUCCCUGGAAAUCACAUCUAAUUGGACAUCAGAGAAUCCACUUGGGGGAAAAACUUUGUGAAUGUAACCAGUGUGGCAAAGGUUUUUUGCAGAAAUGACAUCUAAGCUAAUAUCAGAGAAUCCACACUGGGGAAAAGCCUUAUGAAUGUAGCCAGUGUGGAAAAGUUUUAGUGACAAAUCAUGCCUAA